AUGGCCAGCUUCCAGAGACUCAUCAUCUCCCUGUUGGUGAUCCUCACCUUCACCUUUGUCUUCUUCGCCCAGUCUUCCGAGGCUGUCAAGGGACCUAAGAUCACCCACAAGGUACACAUUUCCAGCUUCCUAGCUACUCCGCUAUCAAUUGCUCACGUACUUGCANNGGUCUACUUCGAUGUGACCUCCGGUGAUGAAGAGCUCGGACGUAUUGUCCUCGGUCUCUACGGCAAGACUGUCCCCAAGGUAGCUAAUCCAUCGCUGUCAUACCUGUACCUUGGAUGCUUACGUGUCAUCAGNACUGCCGAGAACUUCAGAGCUCUUGCUACUGGCGAGAAGGGCUUUGGCUACGAGGGCUCCACUUUCCACCGUGUCAUCAAGGACUUCAUGAUCCAGGGUGGUGACUUCACCAAGGGUGACGGCACUGGCGGCAAGUCCAUCUACGGCAACAAGUUCCCCGAUGAGAACUUCAAGCUGAAGCACAGCAAGAAGGGUCUCCUCAGUAAGUCUCCCCUGCCGGGCAUUGUUUACACAUUCCUUUCUGACUUUCUCUACCAGGCNAUGGCCAACGCCGGCAAGGACACCAACGGCUCGCAGUUCUUCAUCACCACCGCCAUCACCUCCUGGCUCGAUGGUCGUCACGUUGUCUUCGGUGAGGUCCUCGAGGGUUACGACAUCGUCGACAAGAUCCAGAACCUUCCCAAGGGCGCUGGCGACAAGCCCCAGAAGCCCAUCAAGAUUGCCAAGAGUGGCGAGCUCGAGGUCCCCGAAGAAGAUAAGCUCAUUGGGUCUGCCGAGCCCGUCAAGGAUCUCAAGGAAGAAGAAGAUGAGCCAGUCGCUGCUCCUGUCCCCGUACCUGCUGCAAACGCUCCUGUCAACGAAAAGGGCGACGAGCCUCUGUCGCACCACAAAGAGGAAGAGUUGGCUGCUGGUUAUGGCGACGCUGUCAACGAUGCUGGUAUCAGCUGGGUCGCCAAGAUUGGUGCUCUGGCCGUCAUCCUCGGUCUCUGUGCCCUCUUCUUGAAGAGCCGUUCGUCUUCUAAGACUCCCUACGUAUACGACAAGUCUUUGGCUUGA